CUAAUGGAAAUAGACGAAUUGGAAUACAAUGAAAGUGAAUUUAAAUGUCUCAAUUGCAGAACAAUUUUCGGGUCGAUUUCAGAAAUCGAAAAUCAUUUGAAGACAUGCAUAGAAGAACCGAAAUUUGAAUGCGACGAAUGCGGCCGGGAAUUCGAAAGACAAUGCAGUCUUACGUUUCAUAAACGACUGCGACAUACAGACCGUGCGUAUCUUCAAUGUAGAAAGUGUAAUUGGAAAGCUAAAAGUGAAGGUGAGCUCAGAACACAUUGUAAGAAAGAACAUAGGAUAUUGAAACCUUUCUUUUGCGAUUUUUCGGGAUGCAAGUAUGCAGCUCGCAAAUACGAAUUCGUUCUCAGACACAAAAAAAUUCAUAACGAAUUGUUCGAAUGCAUGUGUGAAAACUGUGGUCGUGCAUUUGCUCAGCCUUCGGGGCUAAUAAGUCAUCGACGCGCGUGUUAUAAGAGCGGGCAGUAUUUGUGCGACAUCUGUGGACGGGCGUUUAAUUUUCUAAUCAGUAUGAAAACGCAUCGACUUGCAAAACAUUUAAAAGAAAAACCGCACCGUUGUGAGAUAUGCGAUGCGCGUUUCAGCGACCCAAGGAAUCUUAAGAGGCACAAAAGAAUUCACGAAAAUUCCUUUCCGUAUUGCUGCGAAAUCUGUGGGAAAGUCUUCCGCCAUUCUAACACUAUGAAAGACCACAUGGUGAAACACAUUGGU